CAGACGCCUCCUGCUGCCCGAGGAACCUGAGGACCCGAGAGUAUGUCUAUGGCAGUUAGCUCACAGGGUAGCAGGCUAACGGCGGCACGCUUGCGGACAUGGCUGACGUGAAGGUGAAGAAGGAGACGAACCUGUCGGACCCUGUCGAGGUGGAAAACAGGAUCAAAGAGCUGUGUCAGCAGUUCCCUCAUGGCAUCACAGACCAGGUGAUCCAGAAUGACAUGCCUCACCUGGAGCCACAGCAGAGAGCCAUGGCCAUCAACAAGCUGCUCUCAUUGGGUCAGCUGGACCUGCUGAGGAACAAUUCGGGUCUCCUGUACAGACUCAAGGACUCUCAGAGCACCAGUAAGAUGAAGGGCUCGGACAACCAGGAGAAGCUGGUCUAUCAGAUCAUCGAGGAUGCAGGAAACAAAGGAAUCUGGAGCCGAGACAUCCGCUUCAAGAGCAACCUCCCUCUGACUGAGAUCAACAAGAUCCUGAAAAACCUGGAGAGCAAGAAGCUCAUCAAAGCUGUCAAGUCUGUGGCUGCGUCGAAGAAGAAGGUCUACAUGCUGUACAACCUGCAGCCCGACCGCUCAGUGACAGGCGGCGCCUGGUACAGCGACCAGGACUUUGAGUCCGAGUUCGUGGAGGUUCUCAACCAGCAGUGCUUCAAGUUCCUGCAGAGCAAGGCUGAGGCAGCGCGGGACAGCAAACAGAGUCCGAUGGUUCAGAGGAACAGCUCCUUUGCCACAUCGCACGAAGUCUGGAAGUACAUCUGUGAGCUGGGCAUCAGCAAGGUAGACCUGUCCAUGGACGACAUUGAGACCAUCUUGAACACGCUGAUCUACGAUGGGAAGGUGGAGAUGACCGUGAUCGCCGCCAAGGAGGGGACGGUGGGCAGCGUGGAUGGACAGAUGAAGCUGUACCGCGGUGUGAACGCCAUCAUCCAGCCCACCGGCCUCGUCAAGACGCCCUGUGGGCUCUGCCCGGUGUUCGAUGACUGUCAUGAGGGAGGAGAAAUCUCGCCAUCCAGCUGCAUCUACAUGAGCGAGUGGUUGGACUUCUGAUGCCACAGCUGCAUUUCUGUGAAGGAAACUUCACUUCCUGUUCCUCACAGACGUGAAGAAAGGAGCAGCUGAGUUGUUCCCUCGGUGAUGAUGAUUGACUCACUCCAUCCCGUGGUCGUGUCCUGGAGGCGGCCUGAACAUGUGGAUAUCUCAGUUUAAAAUGUGACCGUUUGUUUAUGAAGCUGCUUUAAUGUUUCUGUUUCACAACUUCAGUCUUCAGGGCCGUGAGAUUGGUCCGUCAAGGUCACAUGGUCUCAUAUUUCCUGGAAUAAGUUAUUGUUUUGGUUCUUUAAAAGGCCGCCCCCGCCUGCAGAUACUCGUUCGCGCAUCAUUCUUUAGUUCUUAGUUUAGUUUUUAUGAAAGUGAUGGUUGGGGGGGCUCUGAUGCCGGCUCAGUGAAGGUAACCAAAGUCUGAGGUGGCAGGAAAAUUGGAGUGAGUGGCCGUGUUUGUCAGCAGUGUGGAAGGGCUGGUAGGCGAAUCUUGACCCAUAAAGGGGGAGGAGUCUAUGCACCUGAUCGAAAGGUGAAGCGGAGAAAAGCUGCACUUCUGUACAUGUGACUGACUGGGGCAGACACACCUGUAACUAUGGUUUACAGACAUGCCCUGAACGCAUCACAGUGUCCUGUGUGAAGAUGCUGAGUGUGUGUGUGU